UUUUUUUCACAUGUCUUCCUUUUCCUUUUCCUUCUCAAUCCCAAUCGUUCUUUUUUUUUUAAUUAAUUACUAUUUACUAUAAAUACGGUUCCUGAAUUAUUCUUCUUCUCCAAAAAGAAAAAAAAUGUUGUUAUCGAAGUCUGGUUGUUAUUCUUUCGUCUUCGUUUGAGGGUUCUGCCUCCUCUGCUACUACCUCAGGAUAAGAUUCAAGAAUUUGAAGAGAAGCGAUUCCAUUUCUUCGCGGGAAUCUGGUGAAUUUUUAUUCUGAAAUUGACAAGAGUUGCAGAAUGGUGGGAAUUUCAUUACCGUUAGGAUUUGCAUCCGUCGCUGGAUAUGACAAUUCCAGCAAAGAAUUUCAAUACCUUGCUUCGGUGAUUUCGGGCAUUGUUCUAUGCGCCAUUGUUUAUAGGUUAACGGGUGCUAUUAGCUCUCUGUGCUUCAAGUCAUAUAGAAAUUUAAGCAGAGCACAAAAAAUUGAAUGGAACAACAGGGGGAUCUCCACGGUUCAUGCUGUUGUUGUAGCAUUUGCAUCAUUCUACCUCCUGGUGUUAUCAGAUUUGUUUAAUAAGGAUUCCGUUGAUGGACUAAUUGUUGACAGAAACUCUGCUUUAUCAAAUACAGUUUUGGGGAUCUCUAUCGGUUAUUUUCUUACAGACUUGGCUAUGAUUUUUGGGCUCUUUCCAGCUUUAGGUGGUCUCGAGUAUGUUCUGCACCAUGGCCUAUCCAUGUUUUCAAUUAUUCUCUCACUUUUAAGUGGUCAAGGGCAGUUUUACAUACUAAUGGUUCUCUUCUCCGAAAGCACCACUCCUUUUGUGAACUUAAGAUGGUACUUGGACACUGCUGAUCAGAAGAACUCCAGUCUUUACAUCUGCAAUGGCAUUGCUUUGUUCGUGGGGUGGUUGGUUGCAAGGAUUAUUUUGUUCGUUUACUUUUUCACCCACAUGUUACUCCAUUUUGAGGAGGUGAAGACAAUUUUUCCCUUGGGCUUCUACAGCUUGCUCUCAGUGCCUCCUGUGAUAGGAAUCAUGAAUCUGUUUUGGUUUUGGAAAAUUUCCAAAGGUUUGGUUAAAACUCUUUCCAAGACAAGGCACAGUGGUAAGAAGACUAAGUGAUGCGACCAUAUAUUCAAAGUGGAUAUUAGACUUGCAUAAUGUACAUUACAUUUAGUUGUAUGUUUUCUCUUGCGCCUUUUUUUCUUUGUUAGAGAAUAGCUUCAUAUUGUAUGAAAGGUGAAUAGAACCAAUUUUUUUACUUGCUUGAUAAGAAAAUACAUUCGAAAGUGUUUAUAAGAUUAGUAACUACUUCAUUCUUGUGAUAUCUAAUGUUUUAAAGUUUCCUUUU